UCAGCAGCCAUUCUUAUUCAGCUCAUUGUCCAUUCUGCGUAAUCGACAAGUUUAAGCUAUACGUUAAAAUUCAAUUUUUUGUGUUUAACACUCGAAAAAACCGUCAAAAUAAACAGAAACAGGAGAAAAAUGGCUCCACAUAAGGAGUGGGACCUUUCCUGUAAAGUCUACGUUGGAAAUCUUGGUUCAUCAGCUAGCAAGCAUGAAAUAGAAAACUCUUUUGGGAAAUAUGGACCAUUAAGAAACGUUUGGGUGGCAAGAAAUCCACCAGGAUUUGCUUUCGUCGAGUUCGAAGACCCUAGAGACGCCGAAGAUGCCGUUAGAAGCUUGGAUGGAACGCGUUGUUGUGGCACUAGAGUCAGAGUAGAAAUGUCAAGUGGCCGUUCCAGAAGAGGAGGGGGUGGUGGCGGAGGUAGAAGAGGACCUUCCAGAUAUUCCAGGUCGAGGUCGCCAAGACGGUCGAGGUCUCGUUCUCGAAGCCGAGAUUCCAGAGGACGUUCUGAUUCAAGAGAUAGACGCUAGUGCGUUUCGAUUUAAGUAUUAAACUUUAAGUUAAGCAGAAGAUAUUUCUGGAUAGAUAUAUUCCCGUAAACUUCUACACAUUUACACAUUGAUUCAUCUCUACUUUUAUUUUCUUUUUAUCUUAUUUUCGUAUUAUAAUUUUAUAAAUGACAAAAAUAAAGAAUAUAAUCACUA